GCAGAAAAAAAUAUGCAGACAAGCAAUGAAAGGGAAGUGUCAGGAAACACGUAUGCUGGUGAUAAUGAUGACAGUGACAGAAAUGGAUUGGGACAGCAAAGUAACAAUGAAAAAACUGAUACUCAGCAGCCAAAUGAUAAUAUUAAUGAAAACACAGUCAUUUUAAUGAAUAAGGUUGAAGAAAGGAAGGAACCGAAAAAUAGUAAAAGGGAAGAGUCAGGAAACAUGCAUGAUGGUGCUGAUGACAGUGACAGUCAUGGAUUGAGUCAGCACAGCAACAGGGAACAAACUGAUACCCAGCAGCCAAAUGAUAAAAUUAAUGAAAACGCAGUCAUUUUAAUGAAUAAGGUUGAAGAACAAAAGACCCAGACAAGCAGUAAAAGGGAAGUGUCAGGUAACAUGCGAGAUGGUGCUGAGGACGACAGUGACAGUGCUGGUGUGAGGAAGAGAAGCGGCACUGAACACAGUGAUGAGCAGCAGCUGCCUCUUAAACAGAACAAGUCAGACAGGAACAGUGAACAAACUGAUACCCAGAAGCCUAAUGAUAAAGUUAAUGAAAACAAGGUCUUUUUAAUGAAUAAGGUUGAAGAAAAGAAGGAACAAACAAGUAGUAAAAAGGAAGAGUCAGGAAACAUCUAUGAUGGUGCUGAUGACAGUGACAGUGAUGGAUUGAGUCAGCACAGCAACAGUAAAGAAACUGGUAACCAGCAGCCAAAUGAUCAAAUUAAUGAAAACACUGUCAUUUUAAUGAAUAAGAUUGAAGAAAAGAAGGAGCACAGUGUUGGUGUGAGGCCAAAAAGCAACAGCAAACCAAGUAAAAAGCGGGGCACCUUCAAUUUAUGA